UCGGGACUGUCCAUAAUUUUAAAGGGUGCCUCAGGACUGUCUAUAAUUUUAAAGGGUGCCUCAGGACUGUCCAUAAUUUUAGGUGCCUCGGGACUGUCCAUAAUUUUAAAGGGUGCCUCAGGACUGUCCAUAAUUUUAAAGGGUGCCUCAAUACUAUCCAUAAUUUUAAAGGGUGCCUCGGGACUGUCCAUAAUUUUAAAGGGUGCCUCUCAUAAUACUAUUCAUAAUUUUAAAGGGUGCCACGGACUGUCCAUAAUUUUAAAGGGUGCCUCGGGACUGUCCAUAAUUUUAAAGGGUGCCUCGGGACUGUCCAUAAUUUUAAAGGGUGCCUCGGGACUGUCCAUAAUUUUAAAGGGUGCCUCAAGACUGUCCAUAAUUUUAGGUGCCUCAAUACUGUCCAUAAUUUUAGGUGCCUCAAUACUGUCCAUAAUUUUAGGUGCCUCAAGACUAUCCAUAAUUUUAGGUACCUCAAGACUAUCCAUAAUUUUAGGUGCCUCAAGACUAUCCAUAAUUUUAGGUGCCUCAAUACUGUCCAUAAUUUUAGGUGCCUCAAGACUGUCC